UUGGCCUGCAUCUGGAUCUCCUGGGUGGCGAAGGGAGUCCCCUACGCCAUGAAUCUUCAUGGUGAAAAGACAUUGAAUUGAACCGGUGAACAGAGGUUGCCGUCCACGCAACCGAAAGGAUACUUGUAUCUUUUAAAAUGGAGUUAGUAACGACAACAAGAGAUAGAGGAGAGAGAGGUGAGGCAGGAAACUGGUUGGACGAGAGAGAGGUGAGGCAGGGGACAGAGGAAGUUUGUUUUGGCAAAGAGGGAGAAGAGCUUGAGGUCGUCAGGAGGAGAAUCUGGUAAGAGGGGAGAGAGACAGGGAGAGGGAGGAAGGAGACCUGAUUUGGCAACAAGGAGGAAGAAGGAAUUUGGUUUGAGAGAGGGAGGGAGAUGGGUACAGAGAGCAGCAAGGAGGGGGAGAUAUCGGAGCCACUGUUAGUGGGGAGUGAGAAAAAUGAGAGGGAAGGGGAGGCGGAGGAGAGGAUCCCGCCAUGGGGGGAGCAGAUCACCAUCAGGGGGCUGCUGGUGAGCGCCCUGCUGGGAACGCUCUUCUGCAUCAUUACCCACAAGCUCAACCUCACGGUGGGGAUUAUCCCCUCUCUCAACGUCGCCGCCGGCCUUCUGGGGUUCUUCUUCAUCAAGUCGUGGACGGGGUUCGUCACCAACCUGGGCUUCUGGAGUACUACCCCCUUCACGAGGCAGGAGAACACCGUCAUCCAGACGUGCGUUGUCGCGUGUUACGGCCUCGCCUUCAGCGGAGGAUUUGGGUCAUAUCUGAUUGCAAUGGACCGUAAGACGUACGAGCUAAUAGGAGCAGACAAUCCUGGUAAUAGAGUGGAAGAUAUAAAGAAUCCAUCAUUGGGCUGGAUGAUUGGAUUUAUGUUUGUUGUUAGUUUUCUUGGACUAUUCAGUCUUGUUCCAUUACGCAAGAUAAUGGUAUUGGACUAUAAGCUCACAUAUCCCAGUGGGACGGCGACGGCCUUGUUGAUAAAUAGUUUUCACACAAAUACGGGAGCUGAACUUGCAAGGAAGCAAGUUCAGUGCCUUGGUAAAUAUCUUGGCAUAAGCUUCUUCUGGAGCUUUUUCAAGUGGUUCUUCAGUGGUAUUGGAGAUUCUUGUGGGUUUGACAACUUCCCAAGCCUUGGUCUGCUAGCAUAUAAGAACACGUUCUAUUUUGAUUUUAGCCCAACUUACAUUGGAUGUGGACUUAUUUGCCCCCAUAUUGUCAAUUGUUCUGUACUCCUUGGGGCGAUUAUCUCCUGGGGCAUCUUGUGGCCAUUUAUUAAAACACAUGCUGGCGACUGGUAUCCAGAUGGCUUGGGAAACAAUGAUUUCAAAGGUCUCUAUGGAUACAAGGUUUUCAUAGCGAUUUCUCUCAUUCUUGGAGAUGGUGUCUACAAUUUGAUUAAGAUAUUCUCUGUAACUGCAAGAGAGAUGUUUGUUCAAAAGCCAAAGCAAUACCAGAUUCCUCUCACAAAUAAGUUGCAAGAUGCUGAGACUAUGAAACUUGCCAUGGAGGAGAAGAGGAGAGAUGAGGUAUUCUUAAAAGACAAGAUCCCUAAUUGGCUUGCUGCCUCUGGUUACGUCCUCCUAGCUGCCAUCUCAACAUCAACCAUUCCUAUCCUUUUCCCGCCACUCAAGUGGUACUUCAUUCUUGCUUGCUACGUUGUUGCCCCUGGCCUUGCCUUCUGCAAUUCGUAUGGCACUGGACUGACCGACUGGAGUUUAGCUUCUACAUAUGGAAAGCUUGGGCUGUUCAUAUUUGCUUCAUGUGUUGGUAGCAAUGGUGGUGUCAUUGCUGGAUUGGCGGCAUGUGGAGUGAUGAUGUCGAUCGUCUCCACUGCUGCUGAUCUUAUGCAGGACUUCAAAACUGGUUAUCUUACAUUCUCAUCUCCAAGAUCUAUGUUUGUUAGCCAACUAGUGGGCACUGCAAUGGGCUGUGUAAUAGCUCCAGUUACAUUCUGGUUAUUCUGGAAUGCUUUUGAUAUUGGCGCACCUGAUGGACCAUACAAAGCUCCAUACGCGGUGAUAUUCCGGGAGAUGGCAAUUCUCGGAGUGGAGGGAUUCUCAGCACUUCCAAAGCACUGCUUGGAGAUCAGCUGUGGUUUCUUUGUAGCAGCACUGGUUAUCAACUUGCUAAGGGAUGUUACUCCUAAGAAGGUGUCAAGAUUUAUCCCAAUUCCAAUGGCUAUGGGGAUCCCCUUCUACAUUGGAGCUUACUUCGCCAUUGACAUGUUUGUGGGGACUGUAAUCUUGUAUGUUUGGGAGAUAAUAAACAGGAAAGACGCAGAGGAGUACGCUGGUGCUCUUGCAUCUGGUUUAAUUUGUGGAGACGGGAUAUGGACAAUACCAUCAGCCAUUCUUUCCAUUUUCAGGAUCAAUCCGCCCAUCUGCAUGUCCUUUGGACCGUCCGGAAGCAGCUGAAAAAGAACAAUACUCUCUUCUCCGUUGUUGAAAACUAUGGAAAACCCUGUAUAUAACCUCCCUGCAUCAUUGGUUCAUGCAUUAUCCUCUGUAAAUAUAACCAAUUCUCUUAUAUGCGUUGCUAAAUGCGAUGGUUUUAUUUA